AUGGAUGGAAACGAGGAGGGCGGGGAUAACCCGCCUUCCUCAAAAAGAGACCAAGGCGCCCUGAAGACUUCUUACCCCGGACGUUCUGGUAUUGGCGGCGGAGUAGAUGUAACACUAUACUGUUCAGAAGCAAAAAAGGAAAUACUGACAUUAUUGUCUGGAAUUGAUUUGGUAAAUUUCAUAGUGUCAUUACUGUCAAUUGAAUUUCAUACAUUGGAAGUGGAUCUCAAAAAGGAACAACAGAUGAGGCAGAAAAGUGGUACACAGAACACUGAAUCUUUCCUAAUUCCAAAUGUUGUAAAUGGAAUUUGUAAUGACUUCGAGCAAUCAGAUUCUGCCAGAAGAGUUCGUUUGGUGUUAUCAGAAAUAUUACAAAUGCAAGCCCAGAUUGCAGAAUGUCAACAAAAUAAAAACAAUAACAGUGAUUGUUCAGUCAAACCUUCAGAGCUUUUUGACAAUGAUGUUUAUUUGGAAGAAAUAACAGAUGUUAUUUGCAUAAGUCUUGCCGAGUUACCAAAUUUAUUAAAUAUAACAGAUAUUGUAGAAGUCUUGCUUCAUGUCAACAAGGGUCCAAUUAUAAUAUCGUGGGUUGUAGCUAACAUGCCUGACACACUAUAUGAAGUUGCUGAAUCCCUUGUUGUGAGCGCUGAAAAAGGUGAAGAAGGUGGUAUUCGUGCAAAAGCUUUAAUAAGCCUCUGUGCAAUGUGCCCUUACUUAGCUGCAACUGUAAGAGCCAAAGCAGUCUCGGCUUGUCGUUUACCAGCAUUAGUUUUAAACCUAACUUUAAUUCAUCACCCAGAUGGCUUGGUUCCUUUUAUAUCAGGCCUUUUACUAGGUUCUGAUCAAACAACUAGGGGAUGGGGGAUUGCGGGGAUAAAAUUCCAGGACGAUGAAGUAUCCGGACUUUUGAGAUUGGUUACUCAAAAGCCUCCACCAACACCUGCUGGUGUUCGUUUUGUUUCUUUAAGUCUUUGUAUGAUUCUUGCAUGUCCAUCUCUAAUGGCUGCAUCAGAACAUGAGAAAAAUGCUAUAGAAUGGGUUCAAUGGCUGGUCAAAGAAGAGGCAUACUUUGAAAGCAAUUCAGGUGUUACGGCGUCAUUUGGAGAAAUGCUUCUGUUGAUUGCAAUUCAUUUUCACUCGGGCCAGCUAGCAGCAGUAGGUGAAUUAGUUUGUGCCACUCUCGGCAUGCGCGUGCCCGUUCGUCCAAACGGGUUAGCUAGAAUCAAGCAGGCCUUCACACAAGAAAUAUUUACAGAGCAGGUUGUUACAGCUCACGCUGUGAAAGUACCACGCCUUUACACCCAGUUAUGCCAGCUC